GUGGAUAAUUUUAUUUGGAUCAUACAGCUCCGCCCUGGGUUAGGCACACAGCCUUCAUGCGGUCCAAGCAGGAUGCCGAGGAGGCCAUGCGGAACGAAACCAGCAUGCACACAGCGGUGCUACAACCGGGGAUGCUCUUUGGUGUUCAACGGCUGCCCUUCUAUUUGGCUGGAAUGGCCCUAAAAGGUAUUGGCCAUCAUGCGGUGCGUAAUAACAAGUAUCUGUCGGGGGCUCUGUCAGUGCACACAGUAGCCGACUGUGCUCUCGCCUGCUGCAGCACGACUAAGCAGAGCUUGGAGGGUCUCAGCAAGACGCACACGGUGUUGACUCCUCCGGACAUGCGCCGUUUUGUAGGGCUGGCAGCGGAAACCAUAGCGUAGCAAUGUAGUGGGGAGCAUGCGCUAAUCGUGGACAGAACGUACACACGCGAAAGGAUGUAUGUAAAACAUGUAGCUGUGCAGGUGUGUGCUCAGAAGACCUGUAUACCCCGGGGCAAGCACGAACAGCAGCAGCAAGGAUCAGCAAUAUUAUCGGGAAUUCUUCUCAAAUUUGAUCACCUGAAUGUAUUUGGCAGCAAUGCAAGUAUCGUAGGCAUUAGAGAAUAAUGCAAUAUAUAUAUAUAUAUAUAUAUAUAUCUUGUUUCGUCACAGUGAUCGACGUACAGUUGCAAAUUGUAUUUGAGCUUCGAGCCCAGAGCUGUAGCAUCAUGUGGCAAUGUGAAGCUACAAUUACACCCCCAGCGCCAUUCAGCAUAGCAGUACUACUACACUCACUCCACGUACACUCCAGCUACCACCCAUAGACAACAUACCCUGGCAGC